GGCAAUUUAAAGAGAAACUCGGAAUGAGUUGGCUCUUUGACAGCAGCGGCUCCCACUGCGACUUGAGGUGCCAGAAUGACACAUUGCAGAAAGGGUUUGCCACUGUUUCAGAACAGAAUGCAUUCGUCUUCUGCCAGGUAGGUCUGCAGCUUGAUCCGCCUCGACGAAUUGAAGACCUGGGAAUAAUAGCAUGA